AUGGCCCGUGUAACUCGCUCUUCAGCGAAGAAGGACGACAAAGCUCCCGCAAAAGCAGAGAAGACGGAAGCAGCUGCCAAGGCAGCACCAAAGAAGAAGAAAGCCGCUGCCAAGAAGGAAUCUCCCGCGAAGAAGGAGGCCAAGUCAGAGAGUGAUGUGAUUGAGAAAGCAGUAGGAAAAAAAGCCACUGUGAAAAUCAAUGAGGAGAAGCCCGGCAAGGGCAAUUUCGUCGUCAGAAUUUCUGGCAAGGAAGAGCCCGUUGUAGAAUUACUUGGAAUGAAGCGUCCUUUCCCUCCGCUAAAGCAACUUGAUAUGGAUGAAGUUUGCGAGAAGGUCUUGGCGGCACUUGCAUAG